AUGGCUCUUGAAUCGUUGAAGACUUACGAAUAUACCUCCAAGUCAGAUGUAUGGUCUUUGGGAGUGCUAUUUUUUGAGCUUUUUUCGCUUGGCGAUGUACCCUUUCCAAAUGUUCAAGCUGAAGAUAUGAUUGAACAUCUAGAGCAGGGCAACCGACUGUCACCACCACAGCUUUGUUCAGAUACAAUGUUUGCUUCUUCACUUUUUCUCAAACUUAAUAGUUAA